GAGAAACCGAGGUGGGUACGUCAAGUACCAUUCUUAUAACUCCUGGUGUCUUUGCAGGAAAGUAGGUAUUACUGAAGCAGUACGGUCGUCGGUUCCGCAAGAGCGGUUAGUCUGAUACCAAUUAGCGAAGUUUCAGGUUGUGCGGCACACGGGGUGCCGAAAGUACUUGUAGGUACUUCUUGUCAUAUGGUCCUGCUUCGUAAUUUUUUUUUAUUUUUAUUUAACUGUAGCUGUGAAGUGGUAUAGUUUUUUUCGGAUUUUUACGUUAUUUACAUUAAUAUCAAAGCCGACUUACAAUGACGACAAUUAUGCAAAUGUUAGUUGAAAAUUAUAACGAAUUAUUGGAGCUAAAAAAAGAUCCUGUUAUCGACUCAUGGCUUUUUAUGCACUCGCCGCUUCCAGUACUGGCAAUCUUAGUCCUCUACCUCUAUUUUGUCUUGCAUUUUGGCCCAAAUUAUAUGAAGAAUCGGAAACCUUUUGUUUUAAAGAAUGCCAUGAUUUUUUAUAACCUUUACCAAGUAUUAUUCAGCAUUUGGUUAUGCUCGCACGCUCUCAAUGUCAAAAAUGCCAUACCGCAUUUUUUAAAUCAUACUUGUCGAAACCCUUCACCAAAUAAAGAAUUUCAAGCAAUGCUCGCCAAUGGUGCCUGGUGGUACUUUUUCUCCAAGAUCACCGAAUUACUAGAUACAGUUUUCUUUGUUUUAAGAAAAAAACAAUCACAAGUGUCUUUUCUUCAUGUUUACCAUCAUUCUGUAACUAUGGUUGGAUCUUGGGCUUAUCUUAAAUACCUACCUGGAGAACAAGGUGUCGUUAUUGGUUUCUUAAACUCCAUGGUUCAUGUUGUAAUGUAUUUCUAUUACUUCUUGUCCGCCUUGGGACCUAAAUACCAAAAAUACUUGUGGUGGAAAAAGUACAUGACCUGGAUGCAAUUGACUCAAUUUGGAAUCAUGCUGAUGUACCUAGCCCUGGUUGUAGUGAUGGAUUGCAAAUUGCCAAGAGCUCUUACAUAUUUCUUUGUAACCAAUGUCGUUAUUUUCAUUUACCUCUUCAGUGACUACUACAUCAAGGCCUAUUCGAAACCAAAAAGAACGAAUACUCAAAAGGAAGUUGAGAACGUGGAUGCCAAUGAACAACUUCCCAUAGAAUAUGGAAUAGCGACAUAUAGAGUCAAAGAAAAGACGGCCGAUAACAUCAUUUCGUUGCCUAAAGAUCUGUAUAACAAGAAAAAGGGCUAGAAGUUGUCUGAAUUACUUCUCUUAGCACUUAUAUUGAUUUUUGUGAUUUUGGUAGAGAUUACCUAUAGUACUAUCAAAAAUCAAAUGUUACAUCAAAAAGUAAAAAUACAUAAUACAGAAAAGGAAUUACAUCACUAACGACUUGAUUUCUUCUGCAAUAUUUUGUGAUUUCUCAUUAUCAUAACUUUUGAUUUUUGAUGAUAUUGUAAAAACUUUUUUUUUCGCCAUAAUAAAAUUGUGACUAUUAAAAUCCGCUAAUGGAAAUUUGCAUUUUUCACUUAGUUACAUAUACUUACAUACUUAUCUUUACAGUUCCAUUAGUGAAUUUUAUCUAAAAAUUUAAUUAUGGUGGAUGAAAUACCGAUUUAGUUAUUAUUUUUAUUUAAGUAGUUGUUUCAUUUUAACUUUGUUUAAUAAUAUGCGAUAUAGUUUAUUUCCUAUUUCCUAGAAAAUUUUUGUUGGAUCUAUCAAUUUUUGUACCUACAAUUGCCAAUUCGACAUAAAAAAAUGUGAUUUUUGUGAAAUUUCGUCAUGCUAUUGUGUAAAACCAUAGGUGAUAGGUUACUGACUAGUUUAAAUUGCUAAGUGGGAAACAAUAUGCGAUAUUUGCAAUUUUGUGUUCUCAGCAAAAAACUAUUUGAAAUGAACCUAAUCAAUGAGUCGUAGAAAAAAUGAUGAUUGUUUCGUUUUGAAUAAAUUAAUAUAAAAUUAGUCUUUAUUGUCAAUAGAAUGAAUUUCGGUUUCUCUUUUCAGUCAGUCUUAACAUAUAUAAAAAUCACUAUAUUUUUCAGUUUGCUUAUAUUAAGUACGCCCUGCCCUCUUGAAACACAAACUUUUUCGAAAUCCUUAAAUCAAAUCUGAUCUGAUUUUAUCAUUUUUUGUAUUUUUCUAAUGCACUUUGCAGAAGCAACAAUCAAUAGUAGGACAAUUUGAAGACAUUACUAGGUACCUACAUUUCACAAAUGCUUCUUCUAGAAAAAGCCUUUCAAACUCUUACAUUAUUGCGGAUUUUAAAGCCCUGGCUGGGAUUGCAAGCCAGUUUAGUCUCUUGUAGGUUUCCGAAAAUUAUUGAAUAUUUUAUAUAUUCAGAAUACUGGAAAAAUAUAACACUAUAUUUAUAUCCAGUGAGUACAAAAUCUGAGCAUAAAAACCAAGCAUGUCUUGUUUGUGGCCUUCCUCCGCCUCCAAAACCUGGGUGAUAAGUCUUUCAGUUUUGCGAAUUUCCUCAUUUUCAGUUUGUAUUAUUUGUUUGCUUGGGAUACCUUCACGGUGGACUUGAGCUUGUUUUGUUGUCACUCUAUAGCUCUAUUUGAAUGAAAUGAAGGAUAAAUACCUUUAUUAUUUAGCCGAAACUGUUCUAUGUAAAGUCUAAAAUAAACGUCUAUAUGAAAUAAAAUACUUUGUUAAGAAAUAAAAACAUGAUUUAUUAAACUUCACAUUUCAUAUUUUGAGCAUCCAUUACCAUAAUGCCGAUUCUCAUCUGAAACGUCAUUCGGCGUCGCUAUGCCUAGACUAGAUGAAAACGGAGAACGAUAUGGUAUAACAUAAUACACGCAAAUGAUUAUUGAAGUCGUAUUUUCCUGGUUGCUUUCUAUAUGAGAAUCGGCAUUAGUAUAAAAAUAACGUUGAAGAGCUUAUAAAGCUGGAUUACCUUAUAGAAAAGUGAAAAAUGUAAUAAAUUCAUAAGUACAUAUUAUUUACUUUUAAUCUUCUCUUUUUGUUUGUCAUCUUUUUUCGGCGCAUCAUAGCUUUGCUUAUAAAAGUCAUUGAACAAGUAAUAGAAGAAAAUGGCAUUUGGCAGUGUUAACAAUACAGUCCAUUUUGGAAAGUCGCAGUCGAAUACUAAUAGUUGGGUGUUGUGAAUGAACACCAAACAGAACUGAAU